AAUUCGUGUGUUACCUACAGUAGGCUCCACGAUACAAAUCAAUCAAUCCCUUAGCUACCCCUCCAUUCAUGAGUUUUGUUUCUUGAAAACAGCUUCUUUUUUCGUCCCGUGACUUGUCAAAAAACAAUACGCACAGUUUCAUACAAUCCACAAAGCACUUCAAGUAUAAAAGAAGCGAAAAAGAAAAGAAAGAAAAAGUUUGAAGUUAGAAUAAGCUACAGUAAUUUGUUCUUUGCGCACUCCUGUGUCCAACCCCGCUCCUCUGCCUCUUACGCCAUCUGAGCUCUCGCUAUACACAUUUUACAUACCUGACCUACUUCGAAGCUGUCUACAUAUCUACCUCAUCCAACUUACCACGAACUCAGUGUCAAAAAGUACCUACUGUGUAGUCAGGAUGUAUUCUUCGUCCCAACUAACAGCAAAGCAAGUCAUCGCGGCGCUGAACCUAACACCGCAUCCCGAAAAGGGGUUCUACAUCGAGACAUUCCGGGACACCAACGGCACUUCCACUUCCACUUCCGCGGGGGAUGAAACUACUCCCACUACCCGCCCCCACAGCACAUGCAUCUACUACCUCCUAGAAGGCGAGUCCGGGCUCUCGCACUGGCACCGCGUCCUCGACGCCGUCGAAGUCUGGCACUAUUACGCCGGGGCCCCCCUCAAGCUAUCCCUUGCCUGGGACGACGGCACGCCCGUACGAGAUGUGGUGCUGGGCAAUGACUUGGUUGGCGGUGAAAGACCCCAGGUCGUCGUGCAGAGGGGCGAGUGGCAGCAUGCGAAGUCCCUAGGUGAAUGGACCCUCGUGGGAUGUACGGUUGCCCCUGCGUUCGUGUUUGAGAGCUUUGAGAUGGCGCGGGAGGGGUGGGAGCCUAAUGGGGAACAGAGGGAGGAGGAAUGACUCGCGAGGAGGAAAGCGGGUUGCUUUCCCGUGGCUAGGUUGGUGGUGUCGGCUCUUGUUGAGAGAGUGAGAAAUGCGCUGUCGCGGCCUGUUAGAGGGGCUGGCUAGGUGUGCGUGUUGUUUUUGCUGACGUCUACCUCUCUCUGUUUUUCAUGGGGUGAUUUGCUCUCUUGCGUUGUUUACAUAGCGAUGCCUUGUUAGCGGAUUCAAGCUUGAUUAGCCCAUUCAAGCGAAAGCAAUGUUUUAUUUCACGUAUUCUUUUUCCAGUGUAAAAUGCAUCUUGUUCGAGCUUUGGAUAUUGUGUGAUCAUUGGCAAGCGAAAAGGUAUAUCUUGGGGUAU